AUGCGCCUCGGGCUCCUAUGGCAUCGUGAAGCGCGGUUGCGUCGGAGCCCUGGCCGUUGGUGCCGACCUGGGAAGCAUCCUGGGCGCUUCCGCGUACGAGCAGUCGAAGGAGACCGGGGGGGGGGGGGUGGAUUCACCCUGACCCCCGAGGGGGAGACGGAAGGCACCGAUGUGUCCACUGCUGAUGCCGAAGACGGUAUUCAUGACAUCCUCUCGCAGUUGCUGUCUGAAGAUGGUUUGUGUUCUCAAUUCGUGUCUGUUGAAAGAAGUUGCAUGAAUGGCGUCUCUUUAUUGGAACAAGUGUCAGCUUUUGCUUCUUUUAAUCAGAUACGUCUGCCGCGGCGUCUGCCUUGCAGACUUCGCACGGGUACUUUUGCGGGAUACCCCACCAGACGGCCACACACUGCAUCCUCGUCGCCGCCGCCGGCACAAUUCCCGGGCUACCUGGCAAUAAUCCCGUCCCCGCGGCACAUGGAGGACCCGACGCCGCGGCAGCGUGUUGCAUCUUCGGCCGCACCGCCGAUCCGAAAUGCCAGUGGGAGAAUAAUGAAACUGAUGACUGCAGAGAGAAGAUCGCCGAAACCGCGGAAAGCAUCCGCAAAGCCGUGCGGAAGGAGUUCCCGACGCCCCCAAAUGAGGGGACACCGGUAAACCGACAGCAGCGCUGGGGCCCGCGGUUGAUUGCGGCCUCGCCCUGAAAGCUCUCCGAAGCAAAUGUCAAUUUAACGACGUUCACCUAUCUUUUGGAAUUGCAAUUAGUGUCGCCACUUGUAGUUUAGCAGCAUUCUUUGCACGCAUCUCGUCUAGCAUCAAUAUUCGUCAGAUGCUGAUGCUGUUGUUACCGGGUGCCGUCAGUCGGCUACGGUUUUUUUGGUGUAGAAAAAUGAAACCGCACCUAGCCGAGUGUUUGGGGCGCCGCCUCUUCGCUGCUUUUUCGUUGUGACUGCACAUAGCAUUCUUUCCAGGCCAGCGCUUGAGAAGAUAGGAAGUGCGUACCUUGCUCCCCGGACAGUAUGUUGACAAUAGCCACGCAUUGCCAAUGUUUGUUUGGACGAGAUUCUUUGUCGGAAGCCAAACUAUAGUCCAAAACAGGCUGUAGUUGAAUCCGAUGUAAAAUAACUAAGCUCAAAGAAGAGCUAGUUAGAAAACCAAAAAAAAAAGAUCGCUG